AUUGGUACCUCCUAUAUGUCCUUCCCCAAAAAAAACAAAAGAAAGAACACUAUAAGUACCUCCGCAUCUCUUCACUCCUUCCCCCACCACCACCUCCCUUCAAGAACUCCUCUCCAAAACCUCUCGACUCUUCCCAAAGAACCCCACCAGAGAGAAACCCAAUAACCUCUCUCCCUCUCUCCAAGAUCAAGCAAACACACAGGCGCACCUAAGAACAUUGGACUGACUAUAUGGCAAUGAGGAAGUCAAACAAGCUGCUUCAAACAGCAGCAAUCAAACAGAUCCUCAAGAAAUGCUCAAGCUUGGGCAAGAGAUCCUCAAACGGGUACAACAACAAUGAGGAAGCCGGCCUGCCUGGGGAUGUGCCGAAGGGUCACUUUGCGGUGUAUGUGGGAGAGAACAGGAGCAGAUACAUCGUCCCGAUCUCCUGGUUGGCUCACCCCAAGUUCCAGAGCCUGCUUCAGAGAGCUGAAGAAGAGUACGGGUUCAACCAUGACAUGGGAAUCACCAUCCCUUGUGAAGAAGUGGUGUUCCAGUCUGUAGCUUCCAUGAUCAGAUGAUGAGAACAAAAAAUAGAGAGAGAGAGAGAGAGAGAGAGAGAGAGAGAGAGAAGCUCUUUGGGGAAGAUUCGAUUUGCAUUUAUAGAGAGUUUCUGGAUAUAUGACAAAUAACUUAUCUAGUCCUUUUAGGGGGGUCUUGGUUGGUUCUGACCAAUUUGUUAUGGAUAUUUGUAGAGUCGUGUUCAUGGUUUGCAUGUAACGUGUAUGAAUGAAAUUGAUCAAGAAGAGCUUGACAUUAUGAGA